CUGUGCGGAGUUUCUGGCGCAUGCGCAGAGAGGUCGCUACAAGAUUUGUUGGGAAAAGAGUGGUGCGAUGUUUCCGAAAAAUCCAAAGAAUCCUCGUUACGAAUUGACUCCAGCAGCAUGAAAACUAACAAGAACGGUGCUUCGAUAGUGGCCUAGCACCGUGCCGCAGGUCCCGAGCCGGCGAAGGUGCCCGUCGACGAGGUGAACCGCCGCGAAGAGUACGAUAUUGUCAGAGUCGCCCAGUAUCCUUCCAAGAUGGCGGCGUAUUUUCGUUGAAAAAAAUUGACAGGGUAUCCCCCCACCGUCACCAGUUCGUUCUCUCCGAGCGGGCUCCUGCCGAUUCCUGCCUCUCGAAAUGGAGCUUCGAGUCGGCAACAAGUACCGGCUCGGACGGAAAAUUGGCAGCGGAUCCUUCGGGGAUAUUUAUUUGGGGACAAACAUAACCACGGGGGAAGAGGUGGCCAUCAAGCUCGAGUGCAUCAAGACGAAGCACCCACAACUGCACAUCGAGUCCAAGUUCUACAAGAUGAUGCAGGGAGGUGUCGGCAUCCCCCUCAUUAAGUGGUGCGGCUCUGAGGGCGACUAUAACGUCAUGGUGAUGGAGCUGCUCGGCCCCUCGCUCGAGGACCUGUUCAACUUCUGCAACCGCAAGUUCUCGCUCAAGACGGUGCUGCUGCUGGCAGACCAGCUUGUGUCGCGUGUCGAGUACAUUCACUCGAAGAACUUCAUCCAUCGCGACAUCAAGCCAGACAACUUCCUCAUGGGCCUGGGCAAGAAGGGCAACCUGGUGUACAUCAUUGACUUUGGGCUGGCCAAGAAGUACCGGGACUCGCGGACGCACAACCACAUCCCCUACCGGGAGAACAAGAACCUGACGGGCACAGCACGCUAUGCCUCGAUCAACACGCACCUGGGCAUUGAGCAGAGUCGCCGGGACGACCUGGAGAGCCUCGGCUACGUGCUGAUGUACUUCAACCGGGGCAGCCUGCCCUGGCAGGGACUGCGGGCGGCCACCAAGCGGCAGAAGUAUGAACGCAUCAGCGAGAAGAAGAUGUCGACGCCCAUUGAGGAACUCUGUCGCAGCUUCCCCUCGGAGUUUGCCACCUACCUGAACUACUGCCGGUCGUUGCGCUUUGACGAGAAGCCCGACUACUCGUACCUGCGGCAGCUCCUACGCAACCUCUUCCAUAGGCAGGGCUUCACCUACGACUACGUGUUUGACUGGAACAUGCUCAAGUUUGGCGGCAAUCGGAGCCAGGCUGGCGGUGCCGAGGCAGGGGCCACGGGAGUGGUCGGGGCCGAGGGGGGGCCAGAGGUGGGUCACCGAGCCCAGGGGGGCACCCAGCAGGCGCACCACGCGUCGACGGCGGCCUCGCGGGGCCUUCCCCCAACGACGGCGUCGGGCUCGCAGCGGCCCCCGUACCGAGGGACCUUCCUGAGCGGCAUGAACGGCGAGCAGCACGCCAUGCCCGCAUCUCCCCCCUACCCCCCCUGGAGGAAGGGCGCCGACCAUCACAACGCCGCUUCCGGAGCGCUCACAAAGAGCGGUGUAGCAAAAGCGUCGGACAGGUAGAGCAACGGCGGCAUCGCAAGCACUGAUGGGUCCCUGCCACUAUUGUUUGUUUUUUUUUCUCUCUCGCUCCUACUUCUGCCCUCUGCAGUAGGGUUGAAGGUGGGGGGCCCAGAGGGGGUUGCUGCUGUUGCCGAGCUGCUCCCCCGAGCGGGACCGUUAACCAUUUGACACCUCAAGUAGGAGCUUGAGGAGGCUUUGUUGUCCAGUCAAGAAGACUCGGAAAGAAGAGAGGAGGGGGUCACACGAGAUGGUCUGGCUUGCCAUCUCUCUGUCCGAUCCAUCACGCAUCACUCUGCAAGGGAACAAGAAGUUGUGGCGGCUUCGGUGACAGGACUGCGUGCUCUUCCCUCCUUUCUGGGUCAAGCUGCUGCAUGUCCCACAUCGUGGUGUGCCGGCUACAGCACUGUCUGCUUUCGUGUGGAGUUGCGGCGGCGACUCUGCAGACGACGGGACUGCAACGUUUAGGGGGAGUUUUGUGUUGGGCGAGCUCUCCGCAGCCUUCCCUCUCUACGUUUCUACGUGGCAGAUCGUGUUUCCCCUCUGCGCAUGUGUGUGUGUGUGUGUUCCCCCUCCCUACUUUCGCUCCUUGGCAGGGACAGCUGAAAGAAAAAGGAGAAAAAAAAAAACCUUGCAAAUUGUGGCCCUUUCGCCGUGCUGUUGGGCACGUAAUCGUUCAACAUUAAAAGGAAAGAAGCAGCGUACCUCUAAGCAAGCGCAAAAUAGCUGGCCAGUUGCUGUUCUUUUUUCUUUGUGUUGCAAUUCUUGUGUGUCCGUGUGCCGAUUUGGCAUGAGCGGAUCUUGAAUGUGGAGAGGUGCGCUUCGGCUUCACUCCCCAAGAUGUGUUCUUUCCGAACUAUUUUUUUUUUUCCCCACCUGCUUUAGCGACUCCCGUAAGGGAAACCGAGUGACCCUGCUCCGUUGGAGUUGAUGAACGCUACCGUAUAUCUACUUCAACGAGCACGCUUUUCGUGCAGUGUUGUUAGUGCCUCCACCUUGCUCGUCCCAUCCCAUUCCCUCCGAAUCCCUACACCCUCUCCCUCUGCACUUUGUUCAGUUUUAUUUUCUAUGCAGGCUCAACGGAUAGCCUGCUGUUUUUUUGUCUGGGUUGGCAUCAGUCACUUACGUAGAGCCAUCCCGACGUCAUUGCAUAGAAACGAAAUCUCAAGAAGUCUUCUUGGCCAGUGCUUUAGCAGGCUUUGUGCAGGCUUCGUCAAGAAAGAAUCGUUGUUCUGGGUGGGGGCGUACGGCAACUCAGGGGAAUAGGAAGAGACGUUUGCUGCUACCUAGCUCUCAUCACCGGUGGGGAGCCAUCUGUAAAUUAUGUCAUGUGCAUAUAUAACGUAGGUGCGAGAGCUCUGUGCACAAAAUGAGCACCAAAGUGAAGGAAGUGUUCACAGCUAAAUGGGGAGGGUGGAAGGGUUGCAGAGGGCAGGGUGUUGUUUAAGAAGCCGUGCAUUGUUGGGUGAUGUAGAGCCCACCUCCUUCGUUUCGUUUGUCUCAUGUAUGUGUGCAGUUCUUUAUUUUAGUUUCUGUACGUGCAUAGAAAGCUGCAUUGUGUUCUUGUCUCUGUGAUGACAGCGGAGAUCCCCCGCCUCCCCCUUGCGCCCCCCCUCUUCCCUCCCCCCUCGUACAAAGUGCAACUUGUUGGAAGCUUAGGAAUUGCACAGGCUGCCAAGAUCUCCAUCUGGCUAGUAACCGUGCCCGAUACACUUGUAAUACACUUGUAUAUUUCUUUUCUUCUUGUUUGCCUGUUGAAUGUACCUCCAGCGCUUAGGUGCGACACCGGACGACAUGCUCUUGCUUUCCUCUUCACAGUGUUAGAGGGUGCAGCUUCGUGUCGCUUGUUUACAAAGUAUGGUUAAACUGCUGAUGAUAACCGCGAGGGGAGGACUGGAGUGGAAGUUUUGUCAGGAGUGAUGCUUGUAGGCCGCACAUCCCUCCUCCCCCCCACUAUUAGGUGUCCUGUUCAUCGUGCUUGAUGUUCAGGCACCCGUCGACCCCUGUUUGUCACAGUUGCUGCCGUAACUCGAGUAGUUCGGUGUUUAGGGGUCCGAACUGUUCAUCUCGAGUGUAGCACCGUCGGUGCAUGCUCCCUUUCCAACCGACACCAGCCAACUGGCCGGUCCUCCCACAAAUCCUCUCAUCCCCACCCCCACCCCACCCCCAAUACCCCUGUUGUUCAUAACAUGCGGCAUAGGCUCGGUAAAGAGCAGAAAAGAUGUCGUGCUGUGCGGCGCAGAACACGGAGACGGCAGAAAAGCUGUUUGUCAUCUCGUGGUAUGGCGGUAUGGUUGCCAGAAUGUCUUAUGGAGGAGGAGACCGCCAGGAUGUGGACUGAAUCUAGGCUUUUUCAUUAUUUUUUUGUAGGAAUGGAAAUGACUUUGUAAAGCACUAAGAAGAAACAAGGAAAAAAAGUGAUUACUCGUGGUGCGUGUGUGAGAAUGCUUGCGCGAGUGGUGGAGUGUGUGUGUUAAAAAAGAAAAUUGUGACUGGUUCAGAGUGUCUGGAUGUGUGCAUGUUUGCGGUGUUAAGCUUGUGGAAUUUGAAGUCAGGUUUCUGUUUUAACAUUUUUAUAUACAUAGUAUGCCGAUGAAAAAAAAAAGGACUCGAACGAAGAAACAAAGAAAAUGAUGCUUUGUUUGACUCUGUCUAAACUGAGUAAAUAAAUAUAUUGAAUGUAUUAAAACUUA